AAAAGCCAUGCAUCUUCGUCCACCUGGGAAUCGUUCAACCGAGUGAAACUUGCUGGUUUUGUCGUCGUAGUCGUUCAAUCCAUAUAAAUGAAACCCCAGCAGAUAUCUUUGCUCCAAUAACAGCUCAUAUCCCAUUACCCCAAAAUCAUAUCGCCUGACAAAAUGGUGCUUAUCUAUAUUCUCCUCCUCCCACUCUCCAUUGCCUUCCUCUUCGUCAUCACCUUUUCCCGAUUUUUCUCCACCUCUGCAUCUUCCAAACACUGCCCACUGCCGCUGCCUCCAGGCCCGAAGCCAUGGCCGAUCAUCGGCAACCUCCCUCACCUCGGCAAGCAAGCUCACAUCUCCUUCCAACACUUUUCCCAGCUGUACGGUCCUCUCAUCUCCCUCCGCCUCGGCUCCCAGCUCCUCGUCGUAGCCUCUUCCCCAGCGGCGGCCGCCGAAAUCUUGAGAACCCACGACCGCCUGCUCUCGGCCAGAUACGUUCCCACGGCCGUGCCUUACGACACGAUGGAGACCGAUCGCAAGGCGAUCGUUUGGUCUUCCAACUGCAGCAACGACCAGUGGAAGGCCUUCCGAGCAAUGUUGAGGAACCAUAUCUUCUCACCCAAGGCGAUUGAAUCGCAGGCUCCCGUCAGGGAGAGGAAGGUUGCCCAGAUGGUGGAAUUUCUCGAGGGGAAGUUAGGGGAGACGGUUAGUAUCGGUGAAGUGGUUUUCACUACUUUCUUCGACUCCCUGACGAAUCUCAUGUUGUCGCGAGAUUGCAUAGGGUUCGAAAGUAGCGAGACAGCAAAUCGAUUGAAGUCUCUGAUUUGGAGGUUGAUGGAGUUGGGGAAUUCCCCUAAUUUCGCUGAUUUUUUUCCAGUUCUGAAGAAAUUAGAUCCCCAGGGGGUGAGACGCGAGGGCUUUCGCCGUUGCAAUGAGCUCUACUCCGUUUGGCAGCCUUACGUCAAAGAGAGGCGAGAGCGCCGGCAGAGAGAGCUAUAUGGUGCUCAAGACUUGUUGGAUAUUUUCCUAGAAAAUGGACUCGAUGAUGACCAGAUUGACUGGUUGAGUUUCGAGCUGUUCAUGGCCGCUACAGAUACUAAUACGACUACAAUAGAAUGGGCGAUGACAGAGCUAAUUCGUAACAGGGGAGCGAUGGACAAGCUGCGGGAGGAACUGAAGGUAGAAUUGUCACCUCCGCUCGAGGGAAACCCGCUGCCCAACGAAUCGGCGGUGUCUCAGCUUUCGUACUUGAAUGCAAUCGUGAAGGAGACACUAAGGCUACACCCGCCGGGGCCGCUGAUGUUGCCACACCAAGCGUCGGAGAGUUGUGAGGUGAUGGGUAGCACCAUCCCUAAAGGGGCUCAGAUUGUGGUCAACGUGUGGGCGAUUUCAAGGGACCCGACAGUGUGGCAGGAUGACCCUACGUUGUUCAAGCCGGAGAGGUUUAUUGGGUCGAAGGUGGAUUUUAGAGGGCAAGAUUUCGAGCUGUUGCCAUUCGGCGCUGGGAGAAGGAUGUGUCCCGGAAUGUUGUUGGCCGCUAGACAGAUUACGUUUGUUUUGGCUUCUUUAGUUCGGAGCUUCGAUUGGUGCCUCCCCGAUGAAGAAGAUCCUUCGAAGCUAGAUAUGAGUGAGAAGUCUGGGUUCACGUUGCAGAAGGAACAACCUCUACUUCUUGUUCCCCGCCGGAGUUCAUUAUGAAAUCUUCAAUGUUGGUUGGGUGCUACGAGUCAUUCCAUGUAGUUACAAAAAUAAGUUCGUAUAUGGAACUAGUCAUGAGCCAGACCCGUGUGAAGAUGUUUGUAUGUUGUCAAUAGAUGAACGACGAGAUGCCCUUAAAAUGCAGAUUAUUAUGUACGAGAAAAUAAUCUGUUUUAAUGUAUUUGAAGUGUGUAUGAAAAUUUGAAUGGUC